UCAGCAAGAGCACCGCGGGGCACCCUCCGACGAACCGGUUACGAUUCAUUUGUUCCUGGACAACAGCUUGGCUCAAGCGUUUCUCCUAGGCUAUCAAGGUUCGAGAGUGUCCCAACCAGAGGGUGGGUUUUGUUUGUCUUGGACUGCUUUGGGUAG